AUGCCCAAGGUCCUUGAUGAAGACAGACCGUAUUGGUGGGUUCACACCAAUGGGAAGGAACAUAUAAAGUUGAAACAAUUUCCCCUAACUUGCGAAGUUGGACCGGGAAGUCCAUCUGGUCAUUGCAUGGUUAUGAUAUCUGGUUGGCUUCCUUUGCUAUUGUAUAUUAGAAGGAAGUACAACAGGCUCGGUUUUAUUCUUCUUUCCUCAUUCAUUACUUGCAUCGUUCUAGUUGCUAUAAGCAGAAUGUACAUUGCCACUCAUUUUCCCCAUCAAACUAUUCUGGGAUCGAUAGCAGGUGCAGUCAUAGGUCUCUUUUUCCACGAAUUAUUAAUGACUCCUCAUAUUAUGUGUUCCAAAUCCAACAAAAAGAUCAUUCGUUUCCAUUCCUCUUUCCUGAACUCUCCAUCGGUGUUAAUUGCAAUUGGAGUUCUUAGCCUAAUUACAGGAAAAGCUUUUGGUGCAUUAUUGAAUUACCUUGGCAAGGAUGUGGAACGCAGUUAUCAACUAGCCAUAAAAUAUUGUGCUCGAUCUGAGUGGCUGCAUCCUUCGACCUCUGCCAUGGCUUCUUACUCUCGAGUCACUGGCGCUCUUAUUGGACUGGCAGGAGCCCUUUAUCUCCACCCGCUGUCCGCAAGUACUUCCACGCCGGUUGUCACAUCCCUUCGAGAGUUCAUUUUAUCAUGCACUGCCACAUUUAGUGGCUACUAUGUAUCCCAUAAAGCACUCCUCUUUGUCUCUCCGUGCAUGAAAAGCUUCGUCAAACCAAUUACCUUUAUCUCCGAUAUUUCCCAUCUCAUUUAUAUGGCCGUUCUGAGUGCUCUUUUCCCAAUACUUGUCGCUUUUGUACAUUCAACACUUCAUUGCAAAUUCUUUGCAAAAUUUGACAAGCAAUCUACUUCGCCCAAACCCAGAACUGAAAAGUCAAUUAUGAUUGACAAUGAUGAAGCAAUUUCUAUACGAUGCAGGAGGUAA